AUGUCCUCCACAGCGCCCCCUCCUGUCGGCUGCAGUAUCAUCAUCUCAGAUCCUCAGGUUCAGGAGGCGGCGAUCAGGAUCCAGGCCUCGUACAGAGGACACAGGUCUCGGUCGGAGCUGCGUUCCAGGGGCCCCCCGCGGCUCCUGGAGGAUCUCCUGGACGUGGUUCUGGUGGAGGGCAGUGCUGCGCGGCUGUGGUGUCGUGUGAGUGCGUUCCCCGACCCCUUCAUCGUCUGGUCCAAAGAUGGCGUCGCGCUGCAGGACUCGCACAAACAUAGAUACGUGUUCGAGGACCCGGACGUGGUCGCUCUGGUCGUGAGGGACGGGGACCUCAGCGACCUCGGGCGCUACAUGGUUACCAUCAAGAACGCCUUUGGAGAGACUCAGGGCUCUGCAUGCAUCCUGGUGGAGGUCCCGGCUAAAGUGUCCAAAGGUCCGGAGAGUCUUCGGUCCAAACGCGGCUGCACGGUCACUCUGAAGGCCGAGGUCAGCGGAGAACCACCUCCCCUGGUGGCCUGGCUGAAGGACGGCGACGACAUCGAGGAGGACGAACGAGUGUUCUUUGACGUGGGUGACACCAGUUCUAUCCUGACCAUCAAGAGCGUCCAGCCGCAGGACUCUGGUCGAUACGAGGUGUUUGUGGAGAACCAUCUGGGGACGGACCAGUCGUUCGCUCGACUCGACGUGUUCUGA